AAAAUAAACCAAGUUAGAGACUGACAUUACCUUUCUCUCCUUUAUUUUGCUCUUCUCUUCUCUUUUCUUCUCUGUCGGCUAUUUAUCUGCAUCUGCAUCUCUUUCUGUGUUCCCAUCCAACUCCCUUAUUUCCCUUUCUCUUCAAUUCCCUCUCCCAUUCCUUCAAUUUGAUCUACAAUUUUCAUCCUACACUUCAUCUCCGAAGCGCAAUGACGGCGGAGGAGGUGUUGAACGUACACAGCAAGGAAAAUUCCGAUAACUGCGCCGAAGAUCAUCACAAGAUCGUUACGGAGCAUUGCAAUGGCGAUGUUCGCGGUAAAGAAAUAUCUGAGAACGGCAAUGUCGGUGCCGAAGUUGUUUCUGAUUCCGUUGAUUCAGAUCCGAUCGUUACCGUUGACGGUAAUGGUGUAGCGUUGGAGGAUCACAAGGUUGAAGGUGAAUCUCAAGUUAAGGUUAUUACCGAAGAACCUAGUGUAGUUUCCAAUGGUUCUGUUGACGAAAUUGAACGGGAAGGAGAGAUUCGGCAAAACGGUUCGGGAUCUGAUGUGAAUAACGUUCAUGUUACUGAUACUGUUGUGGAGGCUGGUGACGAUAACGGAAUCACAAGUGUUCAAAACGGUGUGUUGGAAAAACAAUCGAAUGGAUGUGCGGUGGAGAAUCAGGACGAGAUUCGUGAAGAAGUUACUGAUUCUCUUGUAGAGGAGGAAGAAUUGAAGGUUAGGGAUCGUGAAUUGGAGAGUGUUCAAAACGGUGCCGUUGCGGAGAAUGAGGUUGGCCUUGUUGCUGACGUGGACAAGAGUGAUCGGAAAUUGGAAGGUAUAGCUGUUGAAAACGGUGCAGUGGAUAGGGAUGGAGAAGGAGAUGUUGAAGAGAUCGAGAUUCCUGUUGUUGAAGAAGUUGCUGUUGCUUCUACAGAAGCCGUGGAGUCUGUUGAUUCUGAUGUGGUGGGAACAACGGAAUCUAAAGACCGGGAAAAAGUGGAGAGUGGAAGUGUUGUUGGUGUAGAUGUUUCAGAUGAGAAGAACAAAGUUCGCGAUACUGAAUUGGAAAGUGAAGUUGGUGGUGAAGUGAGUGAAUCAGCUGAGAAGAAUGAAAUUCAUGACGCUAAGUUGAAAAAUGUAGUUGAUGCGGAAGUGAGUGAAUCAGCUGAGGAAAACGAAAUUCAUGAUGCUGAGUUGGAAACUUCAGUGAAUGCUAAAGUGAGUGAAUCAGUUGAGAAGAACGAAAUUCCUGAUGUUGAACUGGAAACUGUGGUUGAUGCUGAAGUGAGUGAAUCAGCUGAGAAGAACGGAAUUCCUGAUGUUGAUCCUGAAGUGAGUGAAUCAGCUGAGAAGAACGAAAUUCCUGAUGUUGAUCCUGAAGUGAGUGAAUCAGCUGAGAAGAACGAAAUUCCUGAUGUUGAAUUGGAAACUGUCGUUGAUGCUGAAGUGAGUGAAUCAGUUGAGAAGAACGAAAAUCCUGAUGUUGAAUUGGAAACUUUAGUGAAUGCUGAAGUGAGUGAAUCAGCUGAGAAGAAUGAAAUUCGUGAUGUUGAAUUGGAAACCGUGGUUGAUGCUGAAGUGAGUGAGUCAGUUGAGAAAAAUGAAAUUCCCGCCCAUGAUAAUGAAGCCAGUGAUAAUACUGGCGUGGAGGAAUGUGCAGUUGAAGAUAGUCAAAAUUGUUCAGAGAAGGUAUCGAGUGAAUCUGUCUCUGUUACUGUUGUUGAAAAUGGUUUGGCCGAGGUUGAGGGGAGCGCUGAGGGGGAAGUGAUUCCUAGUGAUAUCGGUGAUUUGGAGAGGUCUGUUGAGACAUCAGAACCUCAAGUGGUUCUUCAAGGAAAAGAUUUAGCAGAAUUAAUUAAGUCAGGGACUUCUGAUGAUGCUGAUGAAGGUGUAAUUGAAAACGAACCUUCUGUUGAUACGAAGAACGUUGAAGAAGAGAGUGAGGCUGAACCUUCUGAUAAUGCUGUCAAGGGUGAUGGUAUAUCUAUUGAGGUGUCUGAGCCUCAGAUGAAAAACGAUGCAAUUGGUAGUGAAGCUGAACGUUCAACAGAAACAGUGGAGAAUGAAGUUGAAGUUUUAAACAAUGUGAUGCAGAGUGAGGCUGAUCCUUCUCUUCAUGUGCAAGAUUUGAAAACCGAUGUGGGUAGUGUAGCCAAAUCUUCAGUUGAAGCCGAAUCUUCAGUUGAAGCUGAACCUUCUCUUCAUGUGCAAAAUUUGAAAACCGACGUUGUGGGUAGUGUAUCGGAACCUUCAGUUGAAGCGGAACCUUCAGUUAAAGCGGAACCUUCAGUUGAAGAUGAGCCUUCAGUUGAAGCUGAACCUUCAGUUGAAGCUGAGCCUUCAGUUGAAGCUGAGCCUUCAGUUGAAGCUGAACCUUCAGCUGAAGUUUCCGCCGAAGAAAGCAUCCAGACCAAUGAAGAUUUGAAAACAUCCCAAGAAGCAUCUGCCACUGAUGCUAUGGAUGCUCAGAAUAUGGUCACCGAGGUGGUGAGAAAGCCCUUCUAUUGGUUGAUCCGGGUUCCCAGAUAUGAUGAUGAUGAAAAUAUAAAAGAGCAGAUUCAACAUGCUCUUCAACAAGUAGAAUUGAAGACUAAAAUCCGUGACGAAAUUCGAGCUGAAAGCCAGACUAAAAAGGCCAUCUGUAAAGAGUAUGGGCAAGAAUUUAGAGCUGCAGUACAAGAAGAGAGAGCUUCUAGGGAGUUGCUCAAAUCCAAACGGAAGGAGAUGGAUUCAGUUCAAUCCACCAUGAAUAGAUUAAAUAAUGCAAUUUCUGUAGGGGAUAUCGAUAGCAAGAUUAGAAACAUGGAACACAUGAUUCAGCAUGAAACUCUGCCUCUAAAAGAAGAAAAGCAAUUGAUACGCCAGAUCAAACAAUUGAAGCAGAGUCGCGGCGAGCUGUCAACUAUUAUAGCAAAACAGGAUCAAUCACAAUCUCUUGACGAAAAAGACAAUAUUGAAGAGCAAUCUAAGCAAUUACAGCUCUUGAGGAAGGAUUUAGAUGUGCUUAGAAGUAAUGUUCUGAAGGCAGAAGCAGUAACUAAAGCAGCAAAGAAGAAAUAUGAUGAAGAAAGUAAUCAAGUGAGUGAGGUUGUGGCUCAAUUUAAGACUGCUGAUGACAUUCGUCAAGAAGCUUUUGUCAAGCUACAGACUUUGAAAAGGAAAUUACAUGAGAAGAGCAAAUAUUUUUGGGAAUACAAAAAUGCUUCAAUUAAAGCGCAAGAACUAGCAGUACAAGGGAAGAAAGAGGAGGUGCAAAGCUUAUGUAUUGAUGAGGCUGAGCGAAUACAUGAGAUGUGGAAGAAUGAUGAGUUCAGAAGGAACUAUCUCCGGUGCAACACCAGGAGUACACUGAGGAGACUGCAAACUUAUGAUGGCCGAAUGCUUGGUCCUGAUGAAGAGCCACCAGUGAUUCCUAAUAAUACCUUCUUUGAAAAAGUUUCCAAAGAUGAUUCUCUGGUCUCGCGAUCAGCUCCUGAACAACAAAAGAAAUCAAUACCAACAGAAUCUGUUACUGUUAAUGCAAAAGUUGAACCGGCUUCCAAGGCUGUCGUACAGAAACCUGAAAUAAGUCAGAUAACUAGUGCUAAAAAGCCUGCAAAACCUGCUCCUUCAGAGAAGAAGUCAGCGGUUCCAAUUCGUCGUUGGGGGGACGAGUCUGAUGAAGAUAAGGAACCUAAGGAACCUGUGAAAACAAAGGAGGAAGAGGAGCGGAUUUUAAAGGCUGAAAAGGCGAGGAAGGAGGAAGAAGAAGCAAAACUGAAGGAAAUGAAAAGGCUAGAGGAAAUUGAGAAAGCUAAGGAGGCACUACAAAGGAAAAAGCGUAAUGCAGAGAAGGCCCAACAAAGGGCUCUCUAUAAGGCACAAAAAGAAGCUGAGCAAAAAGAGAAGGAAAGGGAGAAAAGAGCAAGGAAGAAGGGAAAGAAAAAAGCAGUUUCUACUGAAGAUGUGGAGACAAUAGAACAAGAUUCUGCAGCUUCUCCUAGCUCUGAAACACUGACAAGAACUAUAGAAGAAUCUGAUCAGAGUGAGAAACCAGUUGAGGUAACAAAAAGGUCAGUAAAGCCAUCUCAAUUCAUAAAGCAGAACAAAGUGAAAUCUCUACCUAUGUCUAUUCGCAACCGGGGAAAGAGACGAAUUCAACCAUGGAUGUGGGUUGUAAUUGCAGUUCUGGUUAUUGCUGCCUUGUUUUAUAUUGGGAAUAACAGCUCCCUGAGAUCUUCGUUUCAAAACUUUGGUUUCUGAGGACACUCCAGAGUUAAAAAACUUGCUUCGAUGCUAAGCAAUCAUUAGGUGUUUGCCUUGGGGGAUGGUACCCUUAUAUAUUUAUUGCAUAUAUACAUAUAGAAGCAAUUCUUUUGGUGCCUCUACAAUUUUUUGCUUCUAGUUUUUGGUCUUUAGUCAUUAAUAUUAUUAUUUUCUUCAAACCAAUAUUUGUUACUUUCUGAUGUGAUGCGAUUUUAACUGGUUGAUUGCUUCUGCGACCAAUUAUUAUGGUAAUAAAUUAUUGUGAUUGUGGGUUUUUUUA